ACGGAGCACCUCGACCCGUAGUUGCACGGUUCAAAUUCAAAUCCCCACCCCCGGCAAUUAUUAGAUUUACUGCUCCAGUAUUGUUUUUAGGUUACCAGUCUCUCGGGACUUUCGGUUUGAUUUGCAGUUUUGCAAGUGUUGGUGCUUUAUGUUACUCGGUGCUGUUGUUCCCAUUUCCCGUGGAUUUCGUUUCCGUCCGACGAAACAACAGAAACCAAAAGGAUAGAGAAGUUUUAUUUUUGGCGAAGCUGUUGGUUUUGAUUUCAUUCAUAUAUGAAUAAGUGCAAAAAGUUUAAAUUCAAGAAGAAAAAUGACACGCAAUAGAUUGUUGUUGGUGCUGGUGUUGGUGAUGGUGGCCAUUGUCCGGCAAUGUGUCUCGCGGGAUCCUCCGAUGGUGGAGAUUCCCAACCAGGGCACAGUGGUGGGAACGUACUUGAAGAUGUUCAGAACUCAACGAGUGACGGCGUAUCUGGGAAUUCCGUACGCUCAGGCACCGACCGACGAGAAACGUUUCACGCCUCCGGUCGUUGAUGGGCUACCAAGUUGGGAAGGGAUUAAGAAUGCAUCCACUUUUGGACCACAGUGCUGGCCGUCACCCCGGGAGACCCACCGGCGGCACAAUCAGUUGUUUUUGGAGCUGAUCAAAACGGCCGACGAUGGAGAGAAGCAGUACGACGAGGAUUGUCUGUUGCUGAAUAUUUUCGUACCGGAUGCCACGAUGCCAACCGAGGGCUACUCGGUGCUGGUGUGGUUCCCCACGGGGGACUUUGACGGAGACACCCCCUUCAUGUUGAACCCAUUCCACAUGGUAUUCAAGCAGAAACUGAUCGUCAUCACCGUACAAUAUCGGCUGGGGAUAUUCGGGUUCUUCACCACAAUGGACGGCUCGGCGCCGGGGAACUUCGGUCUCAUGGACCAAUCGGCAGCACUGCUCUGGAUCAAGCGUAACAUCAAGCUGUUCAACGGCAACGAAGCAUCAGUCACCAUCAUGGGCCACGGGACGGGUGCGGUUUGCGUCGGGCUGCAUCUAACUUCCGGCGAAUGGACCGAAGAAAUGUUCCACAAAGCGAUUAUCAUGUCCGGCAGUGUGCUGCUGGAUUCAAUGGUUAAGAUGCCCAAGUACUAUGCUACCGGCCUAGAUGAGAUAGCAACGGCUUUCGGUUGCUUUCGGCGACCGACGACGAGUUUGAUCGACUGCCUCCGCAGGGUCGGUGGUCAGAUUUUGGCAGAGAAUUCACCAGCAAUUGACUGGGGACCGGUCGUGGAUAGUGGCCUCAGUAAUACUACGACUCCGUUCGUACCAGAUUUGCCGAUGAUGUUGGUCCAUCAGGGGAAGCUGAGGAAGGUCCCCCUGAUGAUUGGGCAUACCGAUAUGGAAGAGGGUUUGGAGUUGGCGAUGGGAGAUAUGCUGGAGCAUGGCAUCGGAUCGGAGAUGUUCGAAACGUUGCUGGGGGAUGCAGUCAUGAUGGAUUUGAACCAGUUGGAUUUCAACGAUUCACUUUGCGGGGGAAAUAUGGAGAUCGUGAUGGAUGCUAUCCAGUUUCAGUACAAACCAUAUCCACCCACAACGGAUCCGAUGAAGCUGCGGAGACGCUAUAUUGAGUUUGCAACGGAGAGGAAGUUUGUAGCUCCAACGAUAGAGCUUGCAAUGCACAUGAGUCAGCUGGCAGAGACGUACGUGUAUCGCUUUGACAUAAAGCCACGGACGGAAGCUGCCGUGAAGGACAUUCCCGAUUGGAUGGGUGUUCCGCACAACUUUGAACUGAUCUUCCUGUGGGGUCUUCCGUACUGGUUGAUGCUGGCCGACGGGAUGCAGUGGGACAGUGCGGACAAGCGGGUGGCGGACAUCGUGAUGACCCUGUGGGCAAACUUUGCCAAGUUCACCAACCCGACCCAGGUUGGCGUGUACAUCAAGUGGGACACGUUCACCAACGACGAACCGGGCGUGCUAAUCAUCGACCGCUCGUUCAACAUGAGCGACCACUCGACGAUGAGCUUCGGGCCGGUCAAAUUUUGGAACCACUACUAUCCGAACGUGAUCCAGUUUGCGACGCAGUGCUGCAAUUCCACGUACAACGCCGGCGGCACCAGUUACCAGACGAUGUUGAGUAGUUCCGUAGUCCAUAGUGUACUAGUAGCGAAUUUUAUAUUGUUACAAUCAUUUAUUUACAUGCAAAUACAAUAUUUUUUCCAGACGUAA